UAGUAUUAAAAUGAUUCUGGUGCGUACGAUCAUUUUGCUGUCUUUGACUUCACUUUUUGCUACUUUUAACCUUGGGGUUGAAGGUACGGUGUGUGUGGAUCAGUAUGAUCCGAAAGCAGAUAAUACGGGUGUUUGCCAAAAGGGUCUAAACCAUGGAGAAGCAGUACAAAACGUAGAAAUGGACCAGUCGAUUGUGCAGACCGCGGAAGGAAAAUUAAGGGGAUGCAUUAGACAUACUCUUGAUGGUGAAGAGUUUUACGGUUUCCUUGGAAUUCCUUACAUCAAACCAGCUUUAGGAGACCUACGAUUUAAGGCUCCGCAACCUCCAGAACCUUGGAUCGGCAUUAGAGAUGCUACAAAAGUGGGCAGUCCAGUUUUUCACAAAGAAACUUUUACCAAAUCUUUUCUUGGCAGCGAGGAUGGGGUCAAUCUUAAUGUUUAUACUAAAAAGCCCAUCCCACAAGGUUCAAAACUUAACCCUGUUAUGGUUUUCAUUCAUGGAGGUGGCUACCAUGAAGGACGUAAUGGUCCUGACACCUUAGGACCUGAGUAUCUUCUCACUGAAGACGUUGUUUUGGUUGUCAUCAACUACAGAUUAGGUAUUCUUGGAUUUUUGUCACUUGAAGAUCCUUCCUUACAAAUCUACGGAAACGCUGGACUUAAAGACCAACUUGCAGCACUCAAAUGGGUCAAACGAAAUAUUAAAAACUUUGGUGGUGAUCCUGAUAAUGUUACGAUUUUUGGACAAAGUGCUGGAGCUGCUUCUGUUGAGUAUUUAGUAGCUUCUCCUGCAGCUAAAGGAUUUUUCCAUAGGGCAAUUUUCCAAAGCGGUUCAGUCGGUAGCUUCUGGGCUCCUGGACAAAGAUUUGCAAAGAGUCUUUUGCAAUUUUUGGGGAAAGGUAGCCUAUCUGACAAAGAAGCUUUACAAUAUUUCAAAAGUUUAUCUGCUAGAGAAUUGUAUGACGUUAUGGAUAAUUUCACAAAGAGCAUUCCAUCACGAACGUUAGGGCUUCUCGGUCCGAUAGAAGAAAUACCAAAUGAUACAGCGUUUAUUACUAAACACCCUUUGCAGCAUAUACUAACUGGAGAUUAUAACAAAGUUCCUAUAAUGAUGGGCUAUACUUCUAACGAGGUGAUAUGUCUCAGCUCCGAAAUUAUGGCAGACCAAGGCAAAUCUUUCGUAGACAAUUUCGAUAUAGAAUUCAUCUUGAAUGCCAUGGUAGGAAUUGAAAAAGGCAGCGAGACAUCCAAGAAGUACAUACAGCGGAUAAAAGAGACUUACAAGAUGCCAAAUGGUGAAAUCAACAAGUAUUUAGUAUUAUCAGAUCUCUUCUUUAUAACAGGUACAGUUGGUUGUGCCAAACAUCAUGCAGCUACGUCUGAUAAACCAGUUUAUUUGUACAGAAUGUCUUUAGAUGCUGGCCUUAACAUAUUUAAACGAUUGGCCAAGCUUGAUUUGCCAGGUGUAAGCCAUAUUGACGAUCUUGGAUACUUAUUUAAAAACGCAGCCUUCCCUUCACCAAAGAACGGUACCAUUGAGGAGAUUUCUGUAAGAAGAUUUGUAAAACUAUGGACCAACUUUGCAAAAUAUGGAAAUCCCACACCAAACGAAAGUGAUGUUGGACUUAUAUGGAAACCGUUGGAACCCAAGCAGGAUUAUCUUUUUGAUAUAGAUAGAAAACUUUCUUUAUUGACAGAAAUAGAACCCGAAAGAAUGAAGUUAUGGCGUGAGAUUUAUCAGUUAAAUCCUUUAACAAAAAAUUUGUUGUAAAUUUAGUUGUUUGUGCUUUACUAUUAUUUUUGAAGUUUAUUAAAGUAUUUGUUCAGUUGCCACU